AUGUCUCAGCGCUUCACCGAUGAGGACUUCCAGAGAGCCUGGCUGGAGCUGGACGAGCCGCAGCUGGCGGGAGGAUGGGAGCUCUUCACCGAGACCAUGGGAGUGAAGAUCCACCGCCUCCACGACCAGGAAACGGGACUUUAUGAGUACAAAGUCUUCGGCGUGCUCAGCGGCUGCACCCCCGAGCUAUGUGCGGACGUCUACAUGGACUUGUCCUACCGGAAACACUGGGAUGGAUAUGUGAAAGAACUCUAUGAGAAAGACUUUGACGGACAGCCAGCAAUCUACUGGGAAGUCAAAUACCCGGCUCUUAUGUCAAACAGAGACUAUGUGUACAUUAGAGACAGGAGAGACUUGGAAGUUGACGGCAGGAAGAUCUGGGUGAUCCUGGCCAGAAGCUCUCCAGAAAUGCCGUGUCCAGAAAAGAGUGGCGUGCUGCGGGUCAAAGACUACAAGCAGAGCCUUGCACUGGAGAGCGAUGGGGCCAGCGGAACUAAAGUUUUCAUGAAUUACUUCGACAACCCUGGCGGAAUGAUUCCUAACUGGGUGGUGAACUGGGCAGCUAAGAGCGGGGUGCCAGGUUUCUUAACAGACAUGCAGAAGGCCUGCAGCAAGUAUGCAACCUUCUGCCAGAAGAAAUGAACACGAUGGAA